AACUACGAAGUUUUGUAAUUUCAAAGAAUUCAGUACUAUAUAUUUUAUUUAGGAGUUUAUAUAAUAUUACACAAAGUAUUUACAAAGAUGGUUCUAACUAAGGAAUACAGGAUUUGUAUGCCAAUGACUGUUGAAGAGUAUCGUAUUGGGCAGUUGUAUAUGAUAGCUCGGCAUAGUUUUGAGCAGUCCCACGGCGGGGAAGGGGUGGAAGUGAUAGCUAACGAGGAAGUUAAUGAUGAGACUAAUGGUAGAGGACAGUUUACAGAGAAGAGAAUCCAUUUAUCAAGUCAUCUACCAUACUGGAUCCAAAGUCUUACACCAAAGAUAUUUUAUGUCACAGAAAAAGCUUGGAAUUACUACCCAUUCACCAUCACAGAAUAUACUUGUUCCUUCUUACCAAAAUUUUCAAUAUCCAUACAAACAAGAUAUGAAAAUAAUAAUGGAACCACUGAAAAUUGCUUAAACCUAUCACCUGAAGAACUUGAAACUAGGGAGGUAGAUGUGAUUGAUAUCGCUUUUGAUGAAGUUAAACCGCACCACUACAAGGAAUCAGAAGACCCUAAGUUGUUCAAAUCGGAGAAGACGCAGCGUGGGCCACUUUCAGAGGGGUGGAGGGAUACUCAACAGCCAAUCAUGUGCUGCUAUAAAGUGGUGCAUGCCAAGUUUGAAGUGUGGGGCUUACAAACGAGAGUUGAAGAUUAUGUUCAACUGGCUAUCAGAGAAAUUCUUCUUUUGGGCCACAGGCAAGCAUUCACAUGGAUGGACGAGUGGUUCAACAUGACCAUAGAAGAUGUACGAAAUUAUGAGAAAGACAUGCAAGCUAAGACUAACAUGAAGGUUCAAACGGCAUUAGAAGCAGUCGAAACUCAGGAGGGUGCAGGGUCCCAGACUAACUCACAGCCUCAAACACCAAAGACACCAAAAUCACCAAAGAGUCCAGUUAGUACACCAUCAGGGGAAAGUAAAUCUUGGUUUUCUUGGUCUUAAACCAAUAAAAUUAUGUAUGUAUGUAUUUAAAGUUG